UCAGGACUAAUAUGAGAAAAUGCUUUGAGUUUGUGCCUUUCCAAAUUGCGGCAACCACAUGAAGAAAUAUUUGAGCUUGAGUUUUCACCGUCUACAACCUCCGCAGCAGGGAGAUUUUACCGUUAUGGCUGGCUGCACUUGAUGCGGGUACAUGGUGGUGCUCAUGUGGAUACUGUAUCGCAAUGACCACCGAGGAAGAAAGCCUGUGCUGUAAGGAAUGGGAUCUCAUCCAGCCUGGUCUGGACGGGUCAACGGACAUUGUUUCGCCCAUACAGAGAAGUUUCCCCAUCUGAUCUAUAAGGAUGAUCUAACCGGACAGACCUGAUGGCCAGCUGUCUAAUGAGUGGGUACAACCUAGCCUAACCUAACCUUUCGUGACUCUGUCUAGCUUAGGUACAUUUGUUUUUAGUUGUAAAUACACAUUCAAAUCACUAGCGUCACUGAGUCCACGUUCGGACACCACUUGCUGCUAUUGGCCAUAUCCGGACACUUCCGACGUCACGCGCUUUCCGGUCUUUUCGCGGUACUUUGAAUUUGCGAUCGCCCAAAACGUAAGUAUAAUUGAUUUAUACCCAUUAAACAAUCUAUGUAUGAAAUUUCGUAUAUGUACACAGACAUUUACAUGUCUAUUUAGUAAAUGAAAGUGACUUUGAUGAGGGAAAGUAAUAAAAACGCUUGGGCAACGUUCGGGCGGCGAUCUUUCGCUCUACAAAGUUUAUUAUUUUUACUGUACUGCUGAUAUGAUUUAGCGUUAGCAUGAGUAUGCAUUUUUUUGCUAGCUUUAACACGACUCUGUCUAGGCAGUACGCUUGUCCAUAAGCCCAGCAACAUCACGUUUAUUCAUGUAUUAGCUAACUAUCAUCUAACUGCAUGUGUGUGAGAGAGAGGGGAUAUUGUGUUAAAAGCCAGUAGUGGCUCUUGCUAUUGGUAUUGGUGUGUGUGUGUGAGUGUGUGUGUGAGUGUGUGUGUGUGAGUGUGAGAGAAUUGUAUUUCCUUUACAGGAGCAUCAAGCCCAAAGAAAAAGUGGAUAUAGAAAUUGCCACUUUGGUUGAAGAUGCCAAACAUCAGGCAGAUGAGGAAGAGGGAGAGGAAGACCAAAAAAUGGACCCAAGAGGCAAUGGACCAGGCCAAGCAGGAGGUGGAAGCAGGCAGGCUCUCUCUACGGCAGGCAGCCAUGAGGUUUGGGGUCCCUAAGUCCAGCCUGAGUGACCGAGUCAGCGGAAGAGUGGCCUCCGAUUUUUCCAUCUGUCGGAGGUCACUCCUCACCCAUGCAGACGAAGACUCCCUGGUGGAGUACUGUCUGUACUCAGCUCUGCAUGGGUUUCCGCUGACAAAGCCUCAGGUCCUGGCCCACGCUCUGGCCAUCUACAACCUCCGCCACCAGGAUGCGCAGAGGACCGCGCUUGGCCAGACGUGGUGGAUAAACUUCAGGGAACGGCAAAAAGAUCGCCUAACAUCCAGGACCCCAGACUUCAUUGACCGUGGGAGGGCAUCCUGUGCUAAGAGGGGGCCCAUAGAAGACUAUUUCCGGCUCCUCACCACCACCCUGGAGGAGCAUGUGCUGAGGGAGAAACCCCGUCAGAUUUAUAACUGUGACGAGACGGGGUUUCAGCUGGACACCAACAGACGGCAAGUCAUCGUGCCCCGGGGGACCAAGCAUGCGAGGGAGCACAUCACCGUCCUGGCCUGCCUGAACGCGGCAGGGGGCCCCUACAAAAGUAGGGGUUCCCAAUGCCCUCUACGGGAAGUCGCAGGCAGGGUACAUAGACAGUGAGCUGUUUAGGAAGUGGUUUGUCGGGCACUUCCUGAAGUUUGCCACCCAGGAGCGCCCGCUGCUGCUGUUAAUGGACGGCCACAUGUCCCACCUGGAUCCAGAGCUUGUCCGGACGGCACAGGUCAUUCUCCUUUGCCUGCCACCACAUACGUCUCACAUCCUUCAGCCACUGGAUGUGAGUUUCUUCGGACCCUUGAAGGCAGAUUUCUCUGGUGUUACAGGAGAUCUGUCGGCAGUGAAUCACUCCUUCAUGGUUUCCAAGAAGGAGUUUUCAAGGGUCUUAAGGGACUCAUACCAGAGGGUGAAGGAUCGGGGGCUUGUGGUGGCUGGGUUUAGGAAGAGUGGCCUUUACCCUCUGGACCCGAUGGCCAUUGACUGGUCA